CCUUUUCUUGAAAUAAAAGAAAAACGGAAAAAGCCCUAGAAAAAUAGCCUUCCCAUUUAUUACGUCAUAAGUAAACUGUUCAUCUUCCUCGCCGAACAAACCCUCUCUCGUUCUCCGUCAUAGAAACGCUGAGACGAGACUUAAACUUGCAGUUCUACAGCUCCAAAUCACAAGAAAUUUCUUCGUUUUGUGCAGAAACAUUCCAAGUUCGUGCCAACGCCUUUGGUCUGAUUACAACAGAUGAUUGUGAUCAUUGUGGAGAAAUGAUCUUAGUGCAAAAAUGUGUUACUAAUUCUGAAGGCAAUGAGAUCUCAGAAUCAUCUAAAAUGAGCAAUUUAACUGGUGGAAAGACUGAAACCAAUCUUCCAAAUCAAUCGGGAGUUGCUCUAUGUCAAGAUUUAAAUGGAAGAUUAGACGGGGUUGGCUCCGCGGUUGUUUGUGAUUAUACUUGUCAUAAUGAUGGACAAUCUGGGGAGGUGUCACAACUUGGUACUAGAGACUCAGAUGGGAUCUCUGGUUUGAAUGCUGAUCCAGCUGCUAUAACUAAAAGUGCUAAGCACGAAAGUGAUAUGACCUUGGAGGAUAUGUAUAAUGCUCGGUAUAAUUUUGACGAGGAUGAUGAUGACAGUGACUGGGAACCAUCAGAAAAGCAAAUAGAAGUUCUGAAGUGGUUCUGUGUCAAUUGUUCAAUGAUCAAUGUCGAGGAUGUUGGCAAUUGUGAAGUAUGCGGAGAACACAGAGAAUCUGGGAUACUCAGGCAUGGAUUUUUUGCAUCUCCAUAUCUGCCUGUAGAAGAUAUCAACCAAGAUGAAUUGCCUGUAACUGAAGAUUCUGAAGAUUCAUGCAAGCAAAGUUCUUUAUCAUCCUCCACUGCUGUAGGGUUUGACGAGAGGAUGUUGCUUCACACAGAAGUCGUAUUGAAGUCUCAUCCACAUCCUGAGAGACCAGACCGUCUUCGAACCAUUGCAGCUAGCCUUGCAACAGCAGGUAUAUUCCCAGGGAAGUGCCAUCCCAUUCCUGCAAGAGAGAUUACUAGGGAAGAACUCCAGAUGAUACACUCAGAGGAAAAUAUUGAAGCCGUUGAUAACACCAAGCGUAUGCAUGCCAGUUAUUUCACACCUGAUACCUAUGCAAAUGAAUAUUCAGCAUGUGCUGCCAGGCUUGCAGCAGGUUUAUGUGCUGACCUUGCUUCAGCAAUUUACUCUGGAUGCGUCAAAAAUGGUUUUGCUCUGGUUCGUCCUCCUGGCCACCAUGCUGGUGUGAAACAGGCCAUGGGCUUCUGUCUCCACAACAAUGCAGCAAUUGCUGCAUCAGCAGCUCAGGCGGCUGGUGCAAAGAAGGUGUUAAUAGUUGAUUGGGAUGUGCAUCAUGGGAAUGGCACACAAGAAAUAUUUGAGAGAAGCAAAUCGGUUUUGUAUAUAUCAUUGCAUAGACAUGAGGGUGGAAGAUUCUACCCUGGUACAGGAGCUGCAGAUGAGGUUGGUUCUAUGGGUGCAGAAGGAUACUGUGUGAAUAUUCCUUGGAGCCGUGGGGGAGUGAGUGACAAUGACUACAUUUUUGCAUUUGAGCAAGUCGUGCUUCCCAUAGCUUUGGAUUUCAAUCCAGACUUUACUAUCAUUUCAGCAGGAUUUGAUGCUGCUAGGGGUGACCCCCUUGGCUGCUGUGACGUAACUCCUGCUGGUUAUGCAUCAAUGACUCAGAUGUUGAGUGCAUUGUCAGGUGGAAAAUUGCUUGUUAUUUUGGAAGGCGGCUACAAUCUUCGCUCAAUUUCAUCAUCAGCUACAGCAGUGAUUAAGGUCUUGCUUGGUGAAAGUCCAGUGAUUGACAUAGACAAAGCUGUACCUUCCAAAGCUGGACUGCGAAGUGUUUUGGAUGUUCUAAAGAUUCAGAUGAACUUCUGGCCUACACUGGAGGCAAACUUCACUAAAUUGCAUUCGCAGUGGGGAUCCUAUGCUUUUCAGGACACAAGAGAACAGAGUAAAAAAAGACGCAGGACUGGUUUACCAAUAUGGUGGAGAUUGGGACGAAAGAGGCUGUUGUAUCGCGUACUGUCCAAGCAGCUGCGUGCAAAGUCCUCUUGUAAUUUUUCUUGUUGAUGUUGAUCCUUGUUGUAAGCUAAAGGCAUUAGGUCUAGACUGUUGUUGUUUUGUAAGCCUGCCCUACUGUUCCUUUUUUUCUUGUUUUGUUUAGUCAUUGUACCUCUAACUAAAUCUCUCCCUGGACGUUCUCGGAUGGUAGUUAUCUUGCAGUGUUCUAUUUCUAAUCCA